AAUGUAAAACUGCACCAGUGAAAGGUCUUGUCUAAUUAAACACACACAAAACUGUACUGAAAAACCAUUUAUAAAGUAAUGGUUUCCUGACUGAAAAGAAAGUAAAAUGAGGAUGACGUUUCGUUUUUUGGUUUUUUUAAAAAAAAACGAAUACCGAAUUGGAGGUCAAAGGCGAAAAAACACGAUACUCGAACAGAAUAGUGUAAAAUUGUGUAAAAGUCUUUAACAACUUCCUGGCUAUGGCAGACUCAGGACCACCUUAUCGAAUUAUCCUGUUUGGCCUCUAACGUGACGAUCCCAAGUCAUAUGACCACCUGCAUGUACUUUGCUGCUUAGAAGCUGUUCUGGUUAUGAGAUUUCAGAAGGAAUCAAAGAAGCGAAUGAAACGGCAUGUUUCACUACUGGGCUUCCAAGAGAUCACCCUGAGAGCUACCAUUCCUUCAUGUGGAACAAUUUUUUCAAACACACUGACAUCCUGGCUGAGAACACCCACAUCCUGGAUGGGAAUGCACCUGACCUGCAGGCAGAGUGUGAGGCCUAUGAGGAGCAGAUCAGAGCUGCCAGAGGGAUAGAUCUCUUUGUGGGAGGGAUUGGACCCGAAGGACACAUUGCCUUCAAUGAACCUGGCUCCAGCCUGGUGUCCCGGACACGGGUCAAAACAUUGGCCCUAGAUACCAUCCUAGCCAAUGCCAGGUUCUUUGAAGGGGACCUCACCAAAGUUCCCACUAUGGCUCUGACGGUUGGGGUUGGAACAGUCAUGGAUGCCAGAGAAGUGAUGUUCCUCAUCACUGGGGCACACAAAUCACUCGCACUUUACAAGGCGAUCGAGGAAGGCGUUAACCACUUGUGGACCGCGUCUGCCUUUCAGCAGCAUCCUCAGACACUGUUUGUGUGUGACGAGGACGGCACACUAGAGCUGAAAGUUAAAACGGUCAAGUAUUUCAAAGGUAUGAUGCAGGUUCACAACAAACUUGUUGAGCCUUUGUCCAGCACUGAUGUGAAGAGUACUGACGUCAAGCCAUCGGCAGGGAAACCCUACAGCGACUGAAGCCCUUGGAAGAGCUCAGUUGAUUAAGCACUUAUAUACAGUCCCUAUAGAAAGUCUACACCCCCUUGAACUUUUUCACAUUUUGUUGUGUCAGUGCCUCAGAGUUUCAUGCAUUUA